AUGUAUACUCUGCAUGUCAACCUUGGAGCCCUAACUGCUGGAUACUUCAACUUGAAGAACAAGCUUAUUGCAGAAUUUGAUGACAAGUUCAAUACCACAAUCGAAGAUCCAAAGGCAGCCAAGACUUCUCAAUUUGCCCCAUCCAAUACAUCACAAUCUGACCAGCUUGAUAACAAUCCUCCAGUCAGAACCACAACAAUCGUUGACCAAUUUGAAAUCAAACCAACUCAAACGCCUCAAAGAGUUACUCUUAAGCGAGCCCGACAGUCGCCAUCUUCUAAGAAGAUGGGGAAAUGGCUCUUCAUGAAAAAUUCCGAUCAAGAUGUUCGUGGAGACGAGCCCCAACUCACUAUGAUUAAUCUCAAAAAAAGGCAGUUCAGAGAUUCGUAUGUGGGGUUUUCACGAUAA